ACGAGAAUAAUUUCUUUUCACUCCUAUCAACUUACUAUAUACCUAGAAAGGUUGUGUAUAAUGAGAAAUAGAUCUCUUUGCCUCAAUAUGAACAAUAUUUAAGAAAUUUCUGUCUUCUUGUCUUUGAGAUAAGAACAAAAUUUAAUAGCUACUCACCAUACUAGAAAUAAGACCGCACCAGUAAAAAAGAAGAAGUAAAAAUUACUUACAUUGAAAAUAAAUAAAUAAAUAAAAUGGGGCGAAGGUAUUAUUGUGAUUAUUGUGAAAAAAGCUUUAUUGAUGAUUUGGAAGCUAGAAAAAAACAUCUUCAGAGUUCGAAUCAUAUUAAAUUACGAAAUAUGCAUUAUGAGUCAUGUAGAGAUCCAGAGACAGCAUUAAAGGAAGAACUUUUAAAAAUACCUUGUAGAAGAUUUUUUCAAGGAGGUUGUCCAUUUGAAGGAAUUUGUAGGUACACCCAUUAUUCUCCCGAAGAACUAUGUGAACUUAGACAACAGGUUGAGCACAUCCAAGAAAUGAGGAGGAAGCAAAAGGAAGAACAACACCAAGUACCUUCAUCGGACUCUUGGAUUGAUCAAUAUAGAGAAAAACACAUGAAAGAAGAUAGUGAUGCUAUUCAUAUAUUUUGGAAAUAUCCUGAAAAUUUUGAAAAUAGAAUAGAUCUACCCCCUUCAUUAAUAAAAUUCAAGACUGAGCAUUUUUAUGAUGAUAACUUUGAGGAAUGGGGUAACUGAAAAAUAAAGUAAAAUUGUAUAGAUUAAAUUUACAAUACUUCUGUGUCUUCAGUAUAGUAAACAUUAUUGUUUCUGUAAUAUAUUUUUUUGAUAAUAGCA